AUAUACGUUGCGCGCUAUGUUGAAAAAGUCAAACAAGAUACCGUGUCAGUGUCCACAUUGUUUGAAUUUUCUUCAUGAAAAGUAUUGUUUUGCAGUCCGCAAUGGGACAGUAAUGAAUAAUUACACGGAUCAUUUGUCUGAAGUAAAAUUUCCAAAACGCACUUCGUUGAAGGAUGGUAGGAUACCCAAUAGAUCAACGAAUAUAACAUAUCUUCAACAGUGGUAACACUGACCAGGCAAUCAUCUUAUGAAUCUGCCGUUUACAGCGUUUUACAAACAACAGAAUUUUACUUUAAAAAUAACUGUUGACUAAAUAAUCCUUUUUCAGAAGACUUCACUUAUACCACAUUUUCAAUUACAUUUUGUGCACUAUAUAUGUCAAAAGUAAAGGAAUGAAAUGCAAUGAAAUCAAAUUAUUUCUGAUUUUUAAAGUUUAUUGACUGUGUUAGAUAUCUUUGUGUUAACGAUGCUGUUUUUUGCCAAGCAAACUUCCAUUUUACGCAAAAAACAUAGAAUACUGUAAAAUAUAGAAA